AUGGAGGGGAACCGGGACGAGGCGGAGAAAUGCAUCGAGAUCGCCAGGGAAGCGUUGGAGGCCGGCAAUCGCGACCGGGCCCUGCGCUUCCUGCACAAGGCGGAGAAGCUCUACCCGUCCCCCACGGCCCGAGUACUUCUGGAAGCAAUUAUGAAAAAUGGAAGCACAGCUGCAAAUGGACCACAUUGUCGAAAACCGUCAAGUGGUGGUGAUCAUAACAGAUCCAAUAAUAUGAAGGAUGGUGCUGGUGGUGAAAGUGGAAAAGCCUAUACCAAAGAUCAAGUAGAUGGAGUCCUCAGCAUAAACAAGUGUAAAAAUUACUAUGAAGUACUGGGAGUCACAAAAGAUGCCAGUGAUGAGGAUUUGAAGAAAGCUUACAGAAAGCUUGCUUUGAAGUUUCAUCCAGAUAAAAACCAUGCACCUGGAGCAACAGAUGCUUUUAAAAAGAUUGGAAAUGCCUAUGCAGUUUUAAGCAAUCCUGAAAAAAGAAAGCAGUAUGACCUCACAGGCAAUGAAGACCAAGCGUGUAAUCACCAAAACAAUGGUAGAUUUAAUUUCCACAGAGGUUGUGAAGCUGAUAUAACUCCAGAAGAUUUGUUUAAUAUAUUCUUUGGUGGUGGAUUUCCAUCAGGUAGUGUACAUGCAUUUUCUAAUGGGAGAGCUGGAUAUAGCCAUCACCACCAACAUCGGCAUAGUGGACAUGAGAGAGAAGAAGAAAGAGGCGAUGGAGGGUUCUCUGUGUUUAUACAGCUGAUGCCUAUUGUAGUCUUGAUUCUUGUGUCCUUGUUAAGCCAGUUGAUGGUCUCUAAUCCUCCUUACUCCUUAUAUCCCAGAUCUAGUUCAGGACAAACUGUUAAAAUGAAGACAGAAAACUUGGGUGUUGUUUAUUAUGUCAACAAGGAGUUUAAGAAUGACUACAAAGGAACGUUAUUACAAAAGGUAGAAAAAAGUGUGGAAGAAGAUUAUGUAACUAAUAUUCGAAAUAAUUGCUGGAAAGAAAGACAACAAAAAACAGAUAUGCAGUAUGCAGCAAAAGUAUACCGGGAUGAUCGACUACGAAAAAAGGCAGAAUCACUUAACAUGGACAACUGUAAAGAAUUAGAGCGGCUGACUAGUCUCUAUAGAGGAGGAUGAACUGGGAUUUUCAUUUGCAUCUUUUAGCACACUUUUUUUUUCUGUACAAAAAGACAUUUAGUUUCAUUGUUAAAUCUCAAAAAAGAGUUGGAUGUUAAAAACUAAACUGGAUAGUUGCUCCCGAACUCUUAUGCUAUAGGACUCAAAACAGUUAAUGGCUUCUUUACAUAGUAAGAAAUUGAAAACUAAAAUUCGUGAUUUAGUAUGCAUCACUUAAUUGAUAUUUACUUUUUCUUCCAAUGCUUACAUAAUUCUUUAACUACAAAUUAUUCAGAAAAGGAUUAUCUUGCCUACAGCAGUUUUGCAGUUAUAGUGAUUCUCCUCUUCUCCCCUGGUCAUGUAAAUAUUUAUGGGAAAAAAAAAAACCAUUUUGUGUAUAUACAAGUUAUUGACUUUAUAUUUUAAAGUCUCAGAAGUUUAGCUCCAUGAAACACUUCUGCUCCCUGAUGAAUAAAUAUAUGGCUAUGUUACUUUUUCCUUGUCAGGUGUCCAGGUGUGGAGUUUUAAACAAUGACACUUUUUUUUUAAGGCAAUUUAACUUUGUGUAAUAAUCUUCUAGCUUUAUCUGCUUAGAAGAAUUUAAUAUUUUUAAAUGUAUAUUCCUGAAUAUAUGUUGAGAUGAAUUGAACUGGUGUAGAUUAUCAGUUUGCCAUUUAGUUUUUAUGAAUUGCUAAGCAAUGUGAGGAAAUGAAAAGUUAUUCUGAUUAAUUUAAAAAUAAAUAUAAUAAAAAUGCUAUACAGAUACUUAA